UGAAAGUUCCCGUGCGCAGAGGGAAAGGGGGUAAAUAUUUCUGCUAAGGCUAGAGGCGUGGUGGCACCCGCUGCCCCAGCCUGGGGGACGGGACUCCGGGGCGAGGACACCCCCGCUCCCACCCCACCCCCACCCCCGCGCUCCGGGGGCCUCUGCCAGGGCCUGGAAGGGCUGGCCUGCAAUCAGAGCUGGGGAGGCGUCCUCCGGGACUGUCAUCCUUGAGCAGUCUCGGACCCGGGCUGGUGACCGCCAGAGCAGAAGUGAGAGGUGACUGUGGCGUGGGUCUACCGGACUACGAGGCACUUUAGGCUGCGGUGCCCAGUCUCAGCACUGCUAAGGCUAUGCGAGAACGCAGCCAGGACAGCCAGGCAGGACUCACGCUGUAUGUAGGACUCUUUGGGCACCUGGGGAUGCUUCACAGGACCAAGUACAGCCGCUUUCGGAACGAGUCCAUCACGUCUUUGGACGAAGGGAGCCCCGGAGGCUCCGUUGGAAACAAGGGCUCGUCGCCGCCUCCCUACCCAGCCCUGGCCCCUCACCUGCCGACUGAGGAUGCCACUGUGUCCAGCCAGGAAAGCCCCACGGCGCUGUGCACCUUGAUUCCCCGUAUGGCAAGCAUGAAGCUGGCCAACCCCAUUACUUUUCUGGGUCUGAAAACCUUCUGCUUGGGUACGAAACAGGUGAGCCGGUUGAAGCUCCAAGAGAACCAGGAUCAGACUCCAAGUCGUCCAGUGUCCCCGGAAACCAAUCUAAAUAGGACUGGGCCUGUACCUGCACCGGAUCCGGACCAGGUGGGACGCAGGCCCACCUCUUUGCGUCCUGAUACUUGCCCACUGCCUGGCCCUGGAGAACCAAGCCCCAGGAGUAAGCAGGACGGGCCCCCUCUGCAGCACCUGUUGGGGAACGGUCUGAACUACUGUGUGCGGUACAUGGGCUGCAUUGAAGUGCUACAAUCAAUGAGGUCACUGGAUUUUGGAAUGAGAACCCAAGUUACAAGGGAAGCAAUAAGUCGCCUGUGUGAAGCUGUCCCCGGGGCCCAUGGAGCCAUUAAAAAACGAAAGGCUCCCGUUAAGUUCCUGACAACGGUUCUUGGCAAAAGCAAUCUUCAGUUUUCAGGAAUGAAUAUAAAACUGACUGUUUCAACAAGCAGCCUCACACUGAUGAACCUUGACAACCAACAGAUUAUUGCAAAUCACCAAAUGCAAUCGAUUUCAUUUGCCUCUGGAGGGGACCCUGAUACCACAGACUAUGUUGCCUAUGUAGCUAAAGAUCCAGUCAACCAACGAGCGUGCCACAUACUGGAGUGUCGCAGUGGAAUGGCCCAAGACGUCAUAAGCACCAUAGGGCAGGCCUUUGAACUCCGGUUCAAACAGUACUUGAAAAAUCCUUCCUUGAACACUUGGGAAAGGGAGGAGGUGCUUGUUGAUGGUGUCCCUGAAGACAGAGACCAUGACUAUUACAACUCCAUCCCGGGGAAGCAGCCACCCGAAGGCGGCAUUUCAGAUGUGCGCAUCCAGGCUCAAGCUACAGACCAAAUGGCUUACUGCCCUAUCCGGUGUGAAAAGUUGUGCUAUUUGCCUGGGAACUCCACGUGCAGCGGUGUGUAUAAGAACUGUAUGGGACGGAGCAGGCCAAUAGGUAUCCCGCACGAGAGAGUGGGGCAGGGUGACGCACCAUCGCUGAGGCACUUCUGGAGAGUGGAUCUCUUUGACGACCCUUGCUAUGUCAAUACACAGGCUCUUCAGAGUAUGCACAGCUAUGCUGGAAAUCAAAGCUCAGCUCUGCCACAGGGGAGCCCCUGGCACCUCGGAAAGGCACCAGAAACUGUGCAGCCGGGAGCCACGGCCAAGCCUGGGAGCACACUCGCUUUGCCACACAUUAGGCAGCAGCUGUGGGACGAGGAGUGCUUCCAUGGCAAGCUGAGCAGAGGGGCAGCGGAGAAACUUUUGGUGAAGGAUGGGGACUUUUUGGUUCGAGAGAGUGUGACAUCUCCCGGCCAGUUUGUACUGAGUGGACUGCAAGGUGGCCAGGCCAAGCAUCUUCUCUUGGUGGAUCCGGAAGGCAAGGUGAGGACCAAGGACCAUGUGUUUGAUAAUGUUGGCCACCUUAUCAAAUACCAUAUGGAUAAUAAUUUGCCAAUCAUCUCUUCUGGAAGUGAAGUACGCCUUAAACAACCAAUAAGAAAAUAUGAUAACACAGGACUUUUGCCCCCCAAGAAAUGACUCCUGGAACUAUGUCAGUGCUAUGAGAAGCAUAUUCCUUUGGUGCCAGGAACAGUGACCGCUCACCCCUUUUCUUCACACAAAGUAGAACACAGACUGUGAAACAUGUCUUUCUUAGACCGCCACGGACCAGGUCUUUUAUAAAACAUAGAAGUAACAAACUAUCUUCUGAGUAUGAAAAUCAGAGAAUAAGAAUUUUGGUCCAUUUGAAAAUGCGAUACUCAUCUGCACGGAGGUCACUUUUUAAAGGUCACAUUGCAUUGAUGAAAAGCUAAAAGCACAACUACAAUUUCAUAUGCUAAAGACAACUUGAACUGCUCAGGCAGUGGUAUGUGCCUUUACCUUGAUAAUCCGGGGACAUUUUCCUAUGGGGGAGAUUAGUUCCAAGUGUCUUCACGUUCUAUAGCUACAGAACCAGUUGCCAAAAAAGUUCUUCCUUGCUAAAAACAGCAAGAAGAAGCAUUUUGACUAGUAGUGUUGACUUUAUUACAUUUUGUUUAGUAGCACUUUUGGCUGCCAUGUUAACAAUGACACUGACAUCAAAUUCAGACUGUGUCUGUGCUUGUGGAAUGAAAGCAAACACCACUGAUGGUUUCCCAGUUCUGUCUCGUUUCCUGAUUGAGAGGUUGGGGCUCAAAUUCACUGGCCAGCGUUCCUCAGUCUUUGCUAUCUGAACUGUUCGUAGGCAGCAUGGGACACAUGCAGGAAGCCAAAUCUCUUGGUUAGUUCUGGAGUAUAUGGUUAUAAAAGACAGCAAACAAAGCCAUCGUUCUUUAUGCUCAGCCCAUACUGGUGCCAUUGAAAAUGCAUAAGGCAAUUUAAAGUAUACGAAAAUCUCCUUGUGACUGGCUGCCACUGUGCCCUGGUGUCACCUCGGUGUGUGUCCUGUCACCAUCUGUACGUGUGAUCAGACAAAAUGCAGAAGGGCUGGGAAAGGUCGUCUACACACCGGACAAUGGUUCAAUCAGUGGUGAGAUUAAGAAUUCUCAGAGAAGCCCAAGGCUCAGACUAUUCACCACUGUGAGUCUUGGCAGGUUGCUAAACCUGUCUGGAUUCCAGUUUUCUUGCCCAUAAGAUGAGGGAGCUUGAGGUGCACUCAGAGGGCCGUUGCUAUCCUAACAUGGUAGUUUUAUUCUUUGUUAAAAGUUAACACUGAUAAGCAGACUGUGCAGUUGAGGGCAAAUAUUUAAGAUUUUUUCCCUUUAUUCUGUGUCUAUACUCUACAGAUAAAGGGUUUAGCCAAAUAACACUCUCAUUAGUCUGACCCCAAGUGUUUCAGCAUAAAGCAGGUAAUGUUGGUUUAGUGGAUCUGGUUGUUUUUAGUAAUAGCAGAAAUGCUUCAGUCAGUCCUUACUUGCCUGUGCAUAUAAAGAUACAGUCAUUACAGGAGAGGGAGAGAGAGAGAGAGAGAGAGAGAGAGAGAGAGAGAGAGAGAGAGAGAGAGAGAGAGAGAGAUCCUAAGCUUUCUGGAUAGUUAUCUCAACACCACUUCAUUUUGGCUAAGUAGAGACAACUUAACCUUUGUGAUUAUGAUGCAUUUGGUAAGUUUUAAGUAUAGUAUGGGAUCAUUCCUAUGGGUAGGAAUCAUCAGAAAUCAAGUACAUUGAAGCCUGGCAUUUUUACAUAACAACUCACCAUUUUAUUUCUGUCGCCACUGGCUUCUUAGGUAGGUUUGUUUCCUUUCCACAGCUAGAAAGUCGUGUAUAUUUCAUUGCUUUUCCUCCAUCUAUCUUAGGUCUUAAUCAUUUUUCUUCAUAAGAGGGAUCAGCAUAGUGAUAGGGACUCAUAGGUAACCUGCAGCAGAGACAGGGCGGGCCUAUUGCCUCCUUCCAGCUGGGGAACGCAGACUGGGUGGCCAGUGGAGUUCCAGAUGCAGGGGGCACUGUGGUGUGAGCCGCACGCAUGGGCAGUCAACGCUGGACUGGUGCUGUUGUAGCCUGGAAGGCAGAUGCUGCACUUUCAGAUGCCAUAGACACUGUUCACCAACCCUAAAAGAUGUAAGAAA